AUGGAAAUGCAUCGAGAAUCCAGUCGAACUGGUCAACAGGACCAGAGCAGACACUCAGACUGUUGCACACCAUUGUACUUAGCAACCAACAGCGAUAGCGCAGAAUUUGUCAAGUUGCUGGCCUAUGAAGUCAAAAACCUUUGGUUGACAGAUGGGUAUUCUCUCACAGUACUGCACUAUACUGGCAAUGAUGAAAGUUUGAAGCGCCUCCUACGUGCAGCUGCUCGCAGUAUCCCGGUGAGAGGCAUCUUUAACACACUUCUCAUUGAGACAGCAAAAAGAGGUAACGCCUUGCGUGUGAGGCAGCUGUUGCAAGCGAAAACAGAUGUGACAGCGAGGGUCGCUAACAGUGUCAGUGCCGUGCUAUGCACCGUACUGAGCAGCAACCCAGAGUGUUCGAGGCAUCUCCCGAAAGUUGGUGUAGAUAUACAGGAGAAGGAGGGUUCUGGUUUCACUCCCCUAAGUAGGGCACCAGAAGAAGACAGUUCAGCAUAUGUCAGGCUACUAGUGGAAGCAGGAGCUGACGUUCACAGGAGGAACAAAGAUAAUGACACACCUCUACAUUUUGCCAGCCUCUGCAGUGACACAGAAUGA